AUGCGUCGCUUCCUGGGACUCGGCGGUGGCGGCGGCCCACCCCCGGUGUACGCCGGCCCCAUCUCCGGCGAUAACUCGGUCGAUCCCUACAGACCGGAGGACGUUCUGACGGUCAAGCACGGCGCGAACGAGUACCUCUUCAAGUACCCCACCAACACGAUUGCGACGCACGCCCUCAACGUCGGUCACCUUCGUGACAAGGUUGCCGAGAUCACCAGUGUCGAUGUCAAGCGCCUCUCGCUCAUCUGUGCCGGCCGCCAGCUUAAGGACGACAACGUCACACUGCAGACGCUGGGUAUCGAGCACGGUGCCAAGAUCCUCGCCGUGGGCACGAAUUCUGCUCCGCCGUCGAGGCCCGGGCCCAACACUGCUGCUGCUACCCUGCCGCCGCCCCCGAAGGUGAAGCUCGGUCCCUCCGAGAAGAUCGAGGCUGUUCGUGAUCAUGUCGUCGCCACGCUCUUCCCGCUCGUUGACGAUUUCAUCGCCGGUGAUGGAGCGGAAUCGCCAGAGAAGAGGGCCGACAUUCAUCGGAGACUGGGGGAGACCAUCAUGGGAGAGCUGCUGAAGCUUGAUGGAGUUGAGACGGAAGACCCCAAGAUCAGAGCUAGGCGGAAAGAGGUCGUCAGGGAGAUCCAGGGUGCUUUGGAUGCUUUGGACAAGGCCCUCAGGGAAUCUGCAUAA